AAUAUUUAAAAUUAUUGGUGGGGGAACUGAAUGUCAAAAUUCACUUCGUUUCAUUCAAUCAAUAAUUUUUCUCAUAUAUUCCAGUUUCUUAUUCAAAAAGUUCAAUCAAAUAAGAAAAAUGUUGUCCAACCAACUUUUGAACGGUGUUAAGAAUCAUGUGCGCCAAGUGAUUUGCACCCGCAACUUGGGUCUUGCCGCACCAGCUUUACAAAAGGCCAGCGAUCCAAUUCAGCAAUUGUUCGUCGAUAAACUGAAGGAGUACGCUUCAAAGAGUGGACCUGGCUACAAAUUAGUUGAACCAAGUGGCGACAUCCAGAGGGAAUUGAAGGCUGAGUUGGAGAAGGCUGCCAAGCAAUAUGGAGGUGGUGAGGGAGUAGACAUGAAGAAGUUCCCCAGCUUUAAAUUCGUAGACCCAGUUGUUGAUCCAGUUCACAUGGAAAAGUAAACUCAUGUUGAUAUAGCAAAAAAAACGCAUUAGAUGUUUAAUAAUAAUUAAUAAAAAAAAA